GUAAAUAUGUACAUCUCCAUCUCCAUCUAGUAUCUUCCAGAGCAAGAACUCACGCUUUUCUUAGUGCCCAAGAAAACAGAGUCCCAACCAAAUCCCUCACUACAACCUAUAUAUAUAUAUAUCUCCCCCACACGCCCCAAGUACCCAACAAGUGAUUCGAUUUCUUCUCAAAGAAAAAAUCAACGCAUUCACCCUUUGAUUGAAUAAUUCCUCACCUCAUAGAACCAUGACUGUACUGAAAAGAAGCAGAGAACAAGACGGGGACGUGGAGGCACUGGCCAUGGCCAACAGCCUCAUGCUCCUCUCACGAGUCGGCGCCGCCCCCGGCCGCGUCUUCGCCUGCAAGACGUGCAACCGGGAGUUCCCGUCGUUCCAAGCCCUCGGCGGCCACAGGGCCAGCCACAAGAAGCCGAGGUUGACAGCGGCGGAUGGGGACUUCCUCCACUCUCAGACGACGCCGGAGAAGCCGAAGGCGCACGAGUGCUCUAUCUGCGGGCUGGAGUUCGCGAUAGGGCAGGCACUCGGGGGGCACAUGAGGAGGCACCGUCCGGCAGCCGCCAGCGACGACGGGCAGGCGAUGGGCCGGCCCGUGGUGGAGAAGUCGGUUGGUAGCGAAAAGGGAAAUAUGUUCUUGGAUUUGAAUUUGACACUGGCCCCGAUGUGGUUGAUUGCUUGAAAGGGUAUGUAUUUUACGAUGGCUGGAGGUCCGCGUGCAUCGCUCCCGGACAAAGCAUACAAAUAUCCGUUAUCACUUUAUUCGGGAGAAGGGGACAUUGCUACUGCAGACAAUCCAGCAGACAUGUUGACGAAGGAGUUCAAGCACUGUUUGGAGUUAAUUCAUAAUUAAUAUCUCCGGAGAUGGGCGCACUCGGGGCAGCGUCGAUCAGUGAACCGUGAAUUUUUCGCCAAAGUUGAAAUUUGAGGGCAUUGGCUCAAAUCCAAUUGGACCGAUGUUAGCCUAGCUUGUAGAAGUGUUUUUUUCCCGGCAGCACCAGCAAUUUCAGAGAUAGCAGCAGAGCAUCGGAACGAAUCAUCCGUUGAUGGACGCUCCUCCUCUCUCAUGUUUUGUAUAUAGUAUUAAGAUACUUGUAAACUUCUGUAAUGAUUGUGGUGGACUCAACAGAGAUUGAGAGAGAAUUUGUAUUAGUAUUUGUGAAGUUUUAGUGUGGUAGUAAUCCUCCACAAAUAGUGAUCAAUCAGCUGCCCCGCGAAUGUUAAAGAGUAUUUUUAUCAAGAAAAAAUAGAGUUACAAUAUUGAAUAAUCAUUAUUUUUUAAAAGAAAUUGGAGACGUUAAAUU